AUGAGAGUAACGUGUCUUGCCACCUGUGCUCUCAAUCAAUGGGCACUGGACUUCGAAGGUAACCUGGCUCGCGUAAAGUCGUCGAUAUCGAUAGCCAAAAGGAGGGGUGCCCGAUACCGCGUCGGACCCGAGCUCGAGUUGCCAGGAUAUGGCUGCGAAGACCACUUCUUGGAACUGGACACCACGGAACACUCUUGGGAAUGUCUUGCCGAUUUGCUCAAUGGAGAUGAGACAGACGAAAUUGUCUGCGAUGUCGGUAUGCCCGUCAUUCACGGAGGGGUGCGGUAUAAUUGCAGAGUAUUCGUGCUGAACCGGAAGAUUCUCUUGAUUCGCCCCAAGCUCUGCCUCGCAAACGACGGAAAUUAUAGAGAAACGCGCUGGUUCACGGCCUGGCAACACCAAAAGAAGAUUGAGGAUCAUCAGUUACCUCCCGCGAUCGUUGCCGUGACCGGUCAGUCCUGCGUUCCCUUCGGCGAUGCAGCACUUGAGUUCCUCGACGCCAGCUUGGGAAGUGAGACUUGUGAAGAACUGUUCACCCCGGCCGCUCCACAUAUUCAGAUGGCACUUAGCGGAGUGGAGGUCAUCAGCAAUGGUAGCGGCAGUCAUCAUCAGCUCCGUAAGCUAAACACUCGGAUGGAUCUCAUUCGUUCAGCUACGGGAAAGUGCGGUGGUGUUUACAUGUACGCGAAUCAACGUGGAUGCGACGGCGGGCGCCUAUAUUAUGACGGCUGUGCAUGCAUCGCAGUAAACGGAGAAAUUGUGGCACAAGGAGAACAGUUUGCGAUUCAAGAAGUCGAGGUGGUCAUUGCUAACGUUGACCUAGAUGCUGUAGUUGGUUUUCGAGGUGCUUUCCAGAGUAUGGCGGUGCAAGCCUCAGCAGGUGACAAGUAUCCAAUGAUACAUGUCCCGUUUCGUUUAUGCCCGAAUGAUAAUGUCUCUCGGAUACCACACUCCCCGUGUGACAUUCGCUACCAUUCACCCCAAGAAGAAAUCGCACUCGGACCGGCGUGUUGGCUCUGGGAUUAUCUUCGCCGCUCAGGUGCAAGUGGAUAUCUCUUGCCUCUUUCUGGUGGUGCCGACAGCUCCUCGACGGCUGCUAUUGUUGGUUCGAUGUGUCAGCUUGCAACGGCAGCAGCAGUAUCAGGGGAUGAGGUCGCCGUUGCAGACGUUCGCCGCAUUGCCCAAAUUGACGAAAAUGAUCCCCUUCCCUGCGCAAAAGAGCUGGCCCAUCUUUUGUUUCAAACUGUCUACCUGGGCAGUGAGAACAGCAGCGCUGCAACGAGGAGUCGCUCCUCCGCGCUGGCUGCUGAGAUUGGAGCGUCCCAUCUCGAUGUGAGGAUCGAUACCGUCGUCGCAGCCGUCGUUGCGUUUUUCACAUCUGUAACGCAGAAGACACCAAAAUUCAGGGUCGACGGAGGUAGCAACGUGGAAAACCUAGCUCUGCAGAACAUUCAGGCAAGGAUCCGCAUGGUUCUUUCAUUCGUGCUGGCUCAACUGAUGCCUUGGGUGCGGGGGCGCAGUGGGUUUUUAUUGGUUCUUGGAAGCGCAAACGUGGACGAGGGACUUCGCGGAUACAUGACUAAGUACGACUGCUCCUCAGCGGAUAUAAAUCCUAUCGGGGGCAUCAGCAAGGGAGACCUUCGGUCGUUCCUGCGUUGGGCGGCAGACAGGUUGGGUUACCCAACUCUUGCAGAGGUUGAGGAGGCACCACCCACUGCUGAGUUGGAACCCAUUCGUGACGACUACGUUCAAACAGACGAAGAGGAUAUGGGGAUGACUUACGAGGAGCUCGGAGUAUAUGGUCGCCUGCGCAAAAUUUCGAGGCUCGGACCGGUUGAAAUGUUCAAGCGACUGUUGCACGAAUGGCGAGAUAGGGCAUCACCCACAGAGAUCGCCGCGAAGGUGAAGAGCUUCUUCUACCACUACUCCUGCAACCGUCACAAGAUGACCACGCUGACGCCGUCCUAUCACGCGGAGAAUUAUUCACCUGAGGACAAUAGGUUCGACCUCCGCCCGUUCCUGUACAACGUACGAUGGCCAUUUCAGUUCAGGAAGAUAGACCAGCUCGCCGGUGCCGCAGAGUAGUAG